AAGGGACCUGAAGAUGAGGCGAACUCUGGUACCUGUGGUGGUGGCAACCCUGCUCUGCCUGGCGCAGGCGGUGCCCCUGAAGACAUCCGGCAGACCUGCCAACCGGUUCCCAGACGGUUUCUACCUGGGCGCCGCCACCGCUGCAUACCAGAUAGAGGGCGCUUGGAACGAGGAUGGCAAGGGAGAGAGCAUCUGGGACCACAUGCUGCACGCACAGCCCAACCUGACGUCAGACGGCCAGAACGGUGACGUGGCGGCCGACUCGUACCACAAGUACAAGGAGGACGUGCAGCUGCUCGUCGGAAUCAACGCGAACGUGUACCGGUUCUCUCUGAGCUGGCCUCGUAUCCUCCCCACUGGAGACACGGACAACAUCAACCAGGCGGGUAUCGACUACUACAACAACCUCAUCAACGAGCUGCUGGCCAACGGGAUCGAACCUAUGAUCACGCUGUACCACUGGGACCUGCCUCAGGAGCUGCAGAAACUUGGCGGCUGGCCCAACAUCGAGCUGGCAGACUACUUCGUCGAGUACGCUCGCAUCGCCUUCGAGAACUUCGGAGAUCGGGUGAAGCUGUGGCUGACCUUCAACGAGCCCAACAUGUUCUCCAACGGUUACUCGUCCGCCACGUCGUUCGCUCCCGGCGCCAACUCCUCGGGCAUCGCAGACUACCUGAUGGCCAAGACGAUCCUGCUGGCGCAUGCGCGCGUCUACCGACUCUACGACCUGAACUUCCGUCUCAAGCAGAAGGGCAAGGUCGGCAUCACGCUGGACGGAGGCUGGUACGAACCGCUGACCAACAGCGCGGAGGACGCCGACGCUUCGGAACGUCAGCUGCAGUUUGAGAUCGGGCUCUGGGCGAAUCCCAUCUUCUCGCUGCUGGGCGACUUCCCCAAGGUGGUGCGCCAGCGCGUGGCAGCCAACAGCAAGGAGGAGGGGAGAGCCAGGUCUCGCCUGCCCUCGCUCUCCUUGGCCGAGAUUCUCCUCAUCAAGGGUACGGCCGACUUCUUCGGACUCAACCACUACACGACGUCUCUGAUAACUUCUGGAAGCAGCGGCCAGGAGCCUUCCAAGACAUAUGACGCCGGUGUCGUCACCUCCACCAUUCAAGGCUACAAUACCAACUACUGGAUCUCGGACGUUCCAUGGGGUCUCCGGAAGCUCCUCAACUGGGUGCACGACUCCUACCCGGGUUACCCCAUAUUCGUCACGGAGAACGGCUGGGUGGACCCUCCUGGCAUACUCAACGACACGGGCCGCGUCCACUACCUCAGGGGCUACGUGUCAGCUAUCUUGCGCGCCAUCAACGAAGAUGGUGUUCCAAUGAUUGGCUACACGCACUGGAGUCUGAUCGACAACCUGGAGUGGAUGAAUGGAUACUCACUGAAGUUCGGGCUGCACUCCGUGGACUACGACGAUCCAGAGAGACCCAGGACGCAGAAGGCUUCGGCGAAAGUCAUCGCAGACAUCUACAAGAACAUGGCCGUGCCGUGGGAGGAUUUCGAGAACGCCGACACCACGCCACCAUCUUAA